AUGAGUUCUAUCUUUUCAUCUCAUUAUUCCAGUAUCCUGAUUUCUCAGAAUAUGGCAUUCUCCUUUGGUUUCACUACUGAGGCUCUAUCAGAUGACGAGCUAAACGAGUACCAAGAGGUAGAACAAUCCAACACAAGAGAAAAAAGAAGUGCUUUAGAAGCUUUUUCAGAAAAUAUUCCAGUGGAUUAUUUACCUAAGCUCCAGCCCCUUGGAGAGAUCUUGAAAUCACUUGAAGGUGUCCGACUCAGCUAUGACAGGUAUGAUACUCCAGCCGGACAUAAUUCAAUAUUUAAAAGAGACUUAUUUGACGUUAAACAUCAGGUAAUGUGCGAAGAAGAAAGAACUAGAUCUGUGAGCAGUGACGUUCUUUUGCAAGAAAGCAGAGAAUCAGACUUAAAAAAAAACUAUUAUGAAGGAGGAUUUAAAAUAUGGGAAUGCUCCUAUGAUAUGAUUGACAGGUUGGAGGACUUCUAUGAAUCUGGAAAAUUGUCGCAGUAUUCUACAUAUUUGGAACUCGGAUGUGGCACAGCGCUACCCACUUGUUUUCUACUCAAAAAGAAGCUUGAAUCCAACAGUAAGGUCCCAACAAAGUUUAUCUUAUCGGAUUUCAACUAUGAGGUCUUAAGAUUAGUAACUUUGCCUAAUUUGAUUCUUCAGUGGAUGUCAAGUAUACCUAGAGAGAAGCUUAUUACACUUUCUUCUAGUGAAGAUGGCCCUUCAUUAGAAUCUGGUGAGGUCCUUUUGAGUAAAAGAGUACUCCAAGAGUUCCAACGGACCUUGGAAUUUAACUGCAUAUCUUUAACUUUUGUCUCCGGUUCUUGGGGAACUCAAUUUAACAAGUUAGUUGAGAAUUUUGGAGUAGACUUCAUAGUAACUUCAGAAACAAUUUAUUCCAUGGAAUCACUACCAGUUGUAGCAGAGUCUAUCGUCCAUAUUUUGGAUCAAUCUAACAGUGAGCAUUCUUGCUGUCUAGUUGCAUCCAAGAAUAUAUACUUUGGAGUGGGAGGUUCAGUCAUGGAUUUUAUUUCCUAUAUAAAAGAGAGGAUUUCGCCUGGCUAUGAACUCAGUGUAGAAGAAGUUCCCAGCUCCCAGGUUAAAAGAUCUAUCAUAAAGCUUGAACGUGUUUAA